AUGUCUCAAAAGAGAACCGUCUUGAUCACAGGCUGCUCCGAUGGUAGUCUUGGCUCGGCCCUGGCCUUGGCCAUGAAAGAUCAAGGCUGGCGAGUAAUCGCCUCAGCACGAAAUCCCGCCAAGCUGAAGGUUGUCCAAGCUGCAGGCAUCGAAUAUGUUGUAAUGGAUGUCGUAUCCGACGAAUCCAUAUGUUCUGCAGCUGAGAAGGUCAAGCAGCUCACAGGCGGCUCACUCGAUGCACUUAUCAAUAAUGCUGGUGGCGCUUACAGCAUGCCUAUCGUCCACGUCGAGAUCCAAAAGGGUUACGAGCUCUUUGAACUCAAUUUCUUCUCCAUCAUCAGAGUCACCCAGGCUUUUGUUCCUCUACUCCUCAAGUCAACUCGUGGAGCCCUUCUGGUAAACAACACUUCCGGCAUGGGCUUGCUGGGGGCUGGUCUUCCGUUCCAGGGCAUGUACGCAGCGUCAAAAGCCGCGGCGUCCAGCUUGACUGAAAUCCUUAGACUCGAGCUGGGCCCGUUUGGCAUUCAAGUUGUCAACCUGUUGACUGGCGGGGUGAAGUCAACCUUUUGGAGCAAUUCACCUGGUGCGCAGCUGCCUGAAGACUCCAUGUACAAAAUCGCCAAAGAGGCCAUCGAAUCGACAAUGUCUGGCAACGAGGUCGGCUUGAACAAAUCUAGUGCUGAGAGCUGGGCGAAGCAAGUUGCUGGAGAUCUCAGUCGUAAGAAGCCACCGCAUUUGGUCUCCAGAGGGGCCAGCGCGGGAUUGGCUCGAUAUGGCUCUUUGCUUCCGACUGGCACCUUUGAUGGAAUCCUGAAGCAGAUGGGUGGGGUGGAUGUUUUGGAGCGAAAGCUCAAAGAGCAAAAGUCGAGUUCCAAGACUCAGUGA